AUGUCCCAGCCUGGCCAGCCUUUGACUCUCAUCCAAAGAAUAGCUCUCCUAUCCAAUGACUUCAACAACCUAGUUCCUGUGGGAUCUCUACAAAUAUGCAAUUUGCCAUCAGGGAUUGAAAUUGGUGGAGGGUUACCGAUAACAGAUGAUGUGCCUCUGGAAAGGAACAGCAAGAGUUUGGGGUCAUUAACUGCUUCAAGCAAAACUAAAAGCAUGAGUACAAGGAUGAAGCUAAAGGUUGAAAAGCUGGAAAUCAUUUCAUACUCAUCCAAAGAUCAAAAUGACCAGGUAAUAGAUCCAAAUGAUGGUGAAUAUACAUGGAAAUGGCUCGAUUUGAACUUCAUGGACCCCGAUACUAUCGCCCAGGCGAAUCCAAUUAUAGCAGAUCUAUUCUAUCUCAUCAAUUUGCGUUUCAUUAUGGCAACUUAUCGCAUCAUAAAUGUUAAAAUCGAUGUGAAGAAUUCCUUUCCAGUCUGCAUAGUAAGGGUGUACGUUAUCCCUUCUGAUAUCCUGGGGGCAAGAUACUUUGACGAAUGGAAACUGUCUAGGCCUGGAAGCCUGAAGCUUGAAGUUAAUUAUAAAAAAGCAUGGACACGUCUAUUGUGCUUCUUGGACUACUCAGCAAGCGGCUGGAAAUCCACCCAAGAAAUUUCAUCCUUUAACAUAAAAUCAUUAAUUGAUUUUAGAGGAUUUUGCGAACCUGAUUCCCCUAGUUUUCACAUUUCCAGAUGGAAAAAUAACGAAGAGUACCGUAAGAACAAUGACCCUGUGAGUGAGAGGAACAUCAAAACCCCACUAUUGAAUGUGAUCCAAGAUCUUUAUGAUCAAUUGCAAUCCCCCGAAAUUUCUGAAUACACUGAUGAAAUCGCUAAGCCGGCAAACAGCAACAUACCACAUGUGCGUGAUAUCAUAAUCAAGUUAGUGGGAAACGCAAAAGAAGGUACUUCGUUGGUCAGAGGAAUCAAAUCAACUCUAUACCCUUUUCAAGCAAGGUCCUUGGCAAAAAUGUUGGAGAAGGAGUCUGUGCCAACAAGAGCUCUAGUUCCCAAUCUAAUUGAGUUGGAAUCACCAACAUCGAAGAAAUACUACUAUGACUUGAUAUCUUGCAAGUUUUACAACACUCCAGAAAUGUAUGAUCUUCCCCGUGGUGGCAUUCUUGCAGAGAAUAUGGGUCUUGGUAAGACCCUUAUCUGUCUAAGUUUGAUAUGCUUAACGAACCAUGAAGUAUCUCAAAUUCCUGAGAAUAUGUUGCUCUAUAAGGAGGAAAGCACUUCGCUCAAACAAGUUCCAUCUCUAGCGACCUUGUGCAAAACUUCGAUUAACCAAAACUCAUUACCAUGGAGAUACUUUAAGAGUGAUUUGCCAGACUCAAUAAUAGCACAAUUAAAUAAUUCAUCGGGAACAUUCAAAAUAUCCUUGACUUCUAAUGAGUACGAAUCUCCCUUCGUACUUCGAACACGAAAAUCCUCAUCUAGGCAACAGCUAUUUCAACAGCAUUUACCAGAGGAGGGUAGACUAUUCAGAUCGCUACUACUAUGCAAUACCACCCUUGUCAUAGUGCCUGAUAAUCUCUUGAAUCAAUGGAAUGCAGAAAUGAAAAAGCAUGUACAAAAGGACUUCCUCAAUAUUCUAUUUUUGUCUAACCAAUUCAAGAAACCUAUUCAGACGUCUAGUCUUCUUUAUACGAACCAAAUUCCAAGUGAUCCAAAAGAGCUUAUCAAGCAUGAUGUCAUUUUUUCCACAAACUCAUUCAUAUCCAAACAGAUAGAUAACGGCACAGAAAAUCCCUUGACAAAAGUAUACUGGAAAAGGAUGAUUAUAGAUGAAGGCCAUAGUUUAUCUUCAAAAGUCUCAAGGAUCAGCUUUUUGUGUAGAACCAUGCACUCGGAAAGAAGAUGGGCAGUGACUGGAACACCAACAUCAGGCCUAACAAGAUUACACAUGGAUGAGCAAGAAGAAUCGAACAAUAAUGAUCUGCCUAGAAAGAUUUCCAAGUAUACAGUCAAGAAUAGCUUCAAUGAGAAAGAUGAUUUAAACAAACUAGGCACAAUCAUUGCAAAUUUUCUUAAAAUUGAACCAUUUCAUUCCCAAUCGAAGUACUGGACAUCUCAAAUAAUCAAGCCAUUGGAGCGAGGACUGUUUGGCUCAAACUUGAACCUUUUGAACCUCCUCAAAGCUAUCAUAGUGAGACAUAAUUUGAAAGAUGUUGAAAGCGAAUUGCAAUUGCCACAAUUACACCAUGAGGCUGUAUUUUUGGAGCCUUCGUAUCAUAACAAAUUAUCGGUCAAUCUAUUCACAGCAGUUUUGGCUGUAAAUGCCGUCUCCUCGGAAAGAAAAGAUAUUGAUUACAUGUUUCAUCCUAAUAAUGCUCAGCAAUUAAGAAGAUUAAUUUUAAAUCUUCAAAGAGCUACCUUCCAUUGGACUGGUUUUAAGCAAGAGGAUGUGGAGCUUCUCAUUGAAGUCUGUGAGAAGUCAAUGAAAAAGAAUGAGGAGCUAGGUGGUACGGUUUACAAUGAAUAUGACUUGCAGUUAUUGGUCAAAUCUGUUAAGGCAUCAAAAGACGCUCUUAGAAAUUCACGUUGGAGAACCUCGGCAUUGCUACACGAAAUGCCAUAUUUUGUUAAAGGAUUAAGCCAAGAGUUUGUUAGGGCUUUUGGAGUGGGCUCUACUAGCAAAGACAUAAACAUUUUUGGGGCUCCACAUUUGCAUCAGAUUCAGGAGUUUUAUUACAAAAACAGGUUUAUGAAUAUGGAGGACAAAGAUGACCUUGCAGGUAAAUUGGAGGCAGUUUCUAGUCCUUUUUGGAAAUCCUAUUGGGAAGAUAAUUUGAAGAGAAACAACGAGAAAUUCAACAAACAAGAUAAGAAUCAACAGUUUGACGGAAAUUUGAAGAAAUCAAUCAAGAACGCAGUUGAUAUUCCGAGCGUUGUCAAAGUAUUGGAGGAGAUCAAUCCCAAAUCUCUGGGUGAUGAAGCAAAAAAAAUAAAUGAUGGACAAGGCUUUUUAAAGAAUUUAAAGGAUACUGAGAUAUUAGGAACUGCGUCUUCGAAAUUGUCGUAUCUCUCGUCUCGAUUGCUUGAACACCAAAGACAAAAUGUCAAAUCGUUAGUUUUUUUUGAGUUCGAAGACAGUGCAUACUACCUCACGGAAUUACUAGAUGUGCUUGGAGUGAAUUAUAUUCUUUAUGCAACAUUUAUUAACUCUGCUGAGAGGGCCCGGAAUUUAACGGAGUUCAGCUCUUACGACAGUAAAGCGUUAGGUGGAAUCAGCCUUAUUAUGGAUCUAAAGUUAGCGUCCCACGGUUUGACCAUUAUUGCAGCAACGCACGUCUACUUCAUAAGUCCUGUCUGGAGAAGAUCUGUCGAAGCACAAGCUAUUAAAAGAGCACACAGAAUCGGCCAAACACAGGAAGUAUUUGUUGAAACAUUAGUGUUGAAAGGCACCCUUGAGGAGGAAAUUUAUAAAAGAAGAUCAAGAGAUGAAGAAGAUGGUCUAGACAAUGAACGGGAUACCCAGAAAAGGUAUGUCAUUGAUGAUACUGGAAUGCAAAAUUAUAUUUUGAAACAUGAGUUUUUACCUCACGACGAAGAUGCGGUGGAGUUUGCCACAUUCAAUGCUCUCUCGCUGAAUGGUAACGUGGGAAACUCCGAUGUUGAUGAAUAUUCCUUGAAGGAACAUAAAGAUCAAAUCACGCAGACGGACCAUGGCAUUAUGAGAACCUGGAAGGUCUUUCUUUUCAAUGAAAAUAACUUGGCGAAACUCAAUAAAAUUAAAGCAGAGAAGGUAAAAAGGGACUUUAUGAGGGAUUCUAAUGGGGAAGACUUGAUUGGGGAAGAAGUUCAGAUUAGCAGAAAGUUUACACACAAAGAAAAUGACCCUAGGCCUCCCAGAAAGAAAGUGAGAUUUUGA